ACAAGGUGAUGAUGCAGUGGAUGUUUGCUGUAAUAGCUGUUGGAUUAUCUGCCUUGGUCAAUGUCUGUCAAGCAGAAGAGGUGGAGAUGUGCAAUGAGGGAUAUGCGAGCGCACAGAACAUCAAUCUGACAAUAGCUUUGACUCCAUCUUCCUUUAGAUGUUGUUGUCAUCUAGAUUUCAAAGCAGCUCAGACAGUAUGGAGAAGGACGACUGUGGACUGUGGAAUAACGCUUGUUCAUGAUGUAACAUUCCUUGACAAAAACUGUAGUCAAAAUACCAGCAUUUCUCAGGCGGUCGAUCAGAAUAAAACAGAUCUGUGUGUUGUUCGGGAGAACGGCCUUCAACAGAACAAGUCACUCACAGGCCAUAUGAUAUUGCAAGCGACAAGUUAUGACAUAGACGUGAACUGCAGUGAGCCAGUUUUGAUGAGUCCAAGCACUGGUUCCAAUCCGCCAGGUGUGUCCGAGGUGAAGCCAACUACAGAAUCAACUACUCCGUCAACGUCUUCAGGCAAGGAAGAACAAAACACAAUGAUCCACAUGGAACAUCAAAUGAUACAUGUACAUAAUAUUACAAUAAUGCAUUUAAUUAUGUCUAAACACACAAGCUAAACGUUAAACAUCACAAUACCCAAAGGUUGAUAUUUGAUAAUACGUCAGGAUUAUUUAUAGGCUUCAACACUUCAUCUUUGGUGUAAAUUGUAUGAUCACAGCACACGAUGCCCAUUUGUUAAUGUAUAAUAUGAAUGUGUUGUGAGAUCCGUGAGUGAGGUUGGCUUCACACUGCAUUGAACAGUAUUAGAGUUAUACCACGAUGUGUCAGUUGACAAAGGAGAAAAGCCCGAAGUGAUGCAAGUCUUAGACGUUAACACAUUUGGUUAAACCCAUGAGCACGGGUAUGAUGCUACAUACCCGAUGAACGUACCGAUAUCUGCU